GUUUGAUCCAGUCGGCAAAGCAGGCGACGGGCCAGGUGCAGAGUGAAGAAACGCAUUUCGAGCUCUUGCUUCACAUCCAGGCCAUUGCAUCCGAGCAGGGGCGCGACGGGCGCGUAAUCGACUGGGCGAGGGUGAAGACCGAGGCGAGCAAAUCGGAAUCGAAGUACGUUGACGAUAUCGACGCAUGCGCUGACUUCGUGGCGAAAUAUGGUGGGGGGUCCCAGGGCCAGUUCAUCGAGGACCUCGUGCAGUUCGCGUCAAGAUGCGCGCCCGCUGGGCGCCUGGUGGGCGGGUGCGCGUUCGAGACAUUGUGCAAGUCAAAGCUCGCGGCGACGGAGAUGAUGCCCCACCUGGUAAUGGCCGUCGUCAAGGCUCACGUGAACGGCCCCCCCGAGUCCGUGCAGAGUCGAAUGUGCAGGUUUGCGACCCGCUCAGAGAUCGCGCCCCUCUUCGCUAGCACGGAGGCGAGGUCUAAAGCGAUGGCAGCAGAGAAGGCCUUGCGGCAUCUUCACAGCGUUUCCAGGCAGAUCGAUAUCGAUGCGAUUGAACGCAUUCCGAUCAUAGGUAAGGCCGACCAGUUGAUAGCAAUAGUGUUGUUAGGGAAAAAGGUGGAUGAGCGAUACGCAAACAUCGAGUGCGUCGCUCACGAGUGCAUCGAGGCAUUGAAGGCAAAGCAAAAUGGUACCAUCGAGAUCGACAAUCCGUAUGCCUGCCAGUCGGCCCAGCACGACAGCGGCGCCGAUGGGGACUCCGUCAAGCAGACCCCCUUCAGUGGCAUGCUGCAGUACGACGCCAGCACGGGGGAGCUGGCGAACGCUAACAUCUGCCUCUUGGAGCAGAGAGGGUUUAAGGUUGAUGACACCAUCAGGCUGAGGAAGGUGAUGCAGAAUGCCUCCUUGCACCACAUCGUUAUUCGGUGCCCCAUUCCAAAGUUCAUCGAGAAGUACUGCUUUACUACAACCAAGAAAGAGUUGCUCGCUGGGUGGCCAGAUGACGCAGCUUGUAAAUCUACCGAUCUCGUCGCGAUCAACAUCGAGUCAGCAAUUGCUAUGGCCGUGAUAUCUUUGACGUCGAAAUUCGAAGUCGAUGGGGGCGAUCUGAUGGCAGUCAGCAAACCCAACAUGGGCAUUUUCUCUAGGAAGAAGUUCCAGGCGAAAAAGUUGAUCAUCGUGCCGACGGCUCUGACCGUCAAGCAGUGCGGCGAGAGCGAUCGCCCCUACUUCGAUGUGCCCAGCCCUGAUGAGAGGAUCGCGGGGCCCUUCGCCCUCUCGGACCCUGGCGCUAAAGCGCCGAGCCUUGCUUUCAAGAUCAGGCACGUGGACAGCACGGAGUCGACGAAGCCGAAUUGCGCCAUCACUAAGCACUCGGUGGCCGUAUCUGUGGGCAACGCUAAAGUGUACGAUAUCAAGAUCCCCGUAGUCACCAACGUCAUGGCUCUGAACGUUGGAGACGAGCUCACGCUUCCCAAGGUCGCGACCGCUGCCCCGCGGAAGAGGCCCGCUCCGCCGACCAUCGAGGUGUCCACCAUGAAGAAAGUAGC